UUGAACACGCAAUAAAGCCCCAGUAACAUUGCCUUACUUUUCAUAUUUUCGUUAACAUGUCUCCCUCGCUCAUAAGUCGAGGCGGACCCUCUUUCCUCUUGUAUCAUAUGGUAUAAGUAAACUCUAGCUGGGGGGCUGCUCCUUGUCGAUCUCCUUAGUCCUUCCUAUACUACACCAUUUAUAUAUGUAUAUAUAUAUGAGUUUGGCUCCUGCAGUUUACAGACCCAUCCGAAUAUAAUUAAUGGAUCUCUUCUACGCUUGCGCGCUUUACGUCGGCAUCCUCUAUGUCUCCCUCUCUCUCACCAUCUACCUCGUCCACAAACAUAAAGCAAAAGCUCAUGGCACCACCGGCAUCCAUGACCUCCCACCAGGCAAGACCGGAUAUUGGCCAAUCAUCGGGGAGACCCUGGACUAUUUCAUGGCCGGUCGCAAUGAUACCCCCGGGAAGUUCGUCACAGACAGGACCAGCAGGUACUCCUCUGAUGUCUUCCGGACUUCUCUGCUGGGUGUGGGCAAGAACGUGGCCGUGUUCUGCGGAGCUUCUGGCAACAAGUUCCUCUUCUCCAGUGAGAGCAAGUACGUCACCGGGUGGUGGCCUCGCUCCAUCAAGAUGGUCGCGGAGUUCCCCGACCCCGACAGUGUGGAUGGCUACUCAACUGACGAUUCAUCCGCCAAAAUCCGGAGGUUCAUUCUCGAGUUCGUGAGGCCUGAAGCGCUCCAGCGUUACAUACCUAUCAUGGACUCCAUGGCAAAGCAGCACCUCGAAGCUGAUUGGGCCCCUUAUGAGGAAGUCAGGGCCUUCCCACUGCUAAUGAAGUACACCUUUGCCUUGUCCUGUCGUUUCUUAAUGGGCAUCCAGGAUCCCACUUUCGUCACUAGGCUUGGGAACAUGUUUGCGCUGGUCUCCUCCGGCAUCCUGUCGGUGCCCAUAAACUUUCCAGGGACAGCUCACUACAAGGCAAUCCAAGCAGGGAAGAGCAUCCGCUUUGAUCUGCUGCCCAUAAUAAAGAGGAGGAAAAGGGAGAUUAUGGAGAACAAGGACACGGCCGUGGCGAAGGACUUGCUGUCUAAGAUGCUGCUUGCGGAGGAUGAGAAUGGCCGGCCAGUCAUGAAGGAGACUGAGAUUGGUAAUACGAUAAUAUCCAAACUCCUUGCAAGCCAAGAUUCGAGCAGUACCACGAUCAUGUUUGUGGUGAAAUAUCUUGCCGAGUACCCCGACGUCUACAAGCAGGUCUGGAAAGAGCAAAAGGAAAUUGCGAGGAGCAAAGGCCGCGAUGAGUUACUCAACUGGGAAGACGUACAGAAGAUGAGGUACUCCUGGAUGGUUGCCUGCGAGGUCCUGAGGCUGUCUCCACCUGGUCCAGGUGCCUUCCGAAGGGUGAUAACGGACUUCAGUUACUCAGGCUUUACCAUUCCCAAGGGUUGGAAGGCUCAUUGGAAUGUAUACUCCACGCACCUGAACCCCAGAUAUUUCCCUGAUCCAGAGAAGUUUGAUCCUUCAAGAUUCGAGGGGAGAGGGCCUGCGCCGUUCACUUUUGUACCCUUUGGAGGAGGACCCCGUAUGUGCCCAGGGAAGGAGUAUGCCAGGGUGCAGAUACUUGUUUUCAUGCACAAUCUGGUGAUCAAGUUCAGAUGGAAGAAAGCUAUCCCCGAUGAGAAAAUCAUCUACAACCCUCUUCCGGUCCCUGCCAGCGGUCUUCCUAUUCACAUUGAACCUCGUAUCUAAGCCAAGAACUACAUAUGACGAUGAUCAGUUCAAUGAUUCCAUAGACCCAUAUAUAAAUGUGUGCGUCUCUCUAUGUGUGUGGCCAUGGUCCAAUGGAUUUAGGAAUUCUCUCAAGUUGUCAUUUUCUUUUAAAAUCCAUGAAAAUUGCAAUAAGAAAGACAAUGGGGAGUUGUGUGCAAUUAAGCUGUAUUCCAGAUCAUUGGACGAAAGUCCAGUUGUUCUAUUUUGGCUUAAUUAA